ACCCACCAGUGUGAUGUUCACCCCUGCCAGGCCAACGUGCAGCCCGAUGUCCACAUUCACCACGGCACAGCUGAAGGAUUUGUAGGAGGUGUUUGCUGUCACCCAGCCACUCUCCCAGUCCCCUGUGAACUGGACAACUGACAGAAAAAGUUCGAUCAGGGUUAAAGCAGGCUUGCUCCAGGGCUUUAAUGAGCUCAGGGUGGACCGGAUGCAAGUACAAGCUGCUGCAUUCCCACUGCAGCACUGCAAGGGAGUGUAAGAAGGGCAGGAGAGAUGAUUCAGCCACAAAGACGUGCCACAACCAGCCCCCACGCCCUGGCACAGCUCUUGUCCUCCUCUUGCUUAGCAUCCACUCCCUCAGUCCCACAAGCGGGGAGCUCUGAUCCCCACAACCUGAAUCCACUUUGGCCAUCCUCUUCGGCACUUCCCCGCAUGCUCCCCACCGUGGCAAGCACCGCGGCCCCGGGGGACCGGGCUUGGAAAUGAGCUCAUUCCUCAGCCUCAGCAGCAGGAUUGCUUCUUCCAAGGACCCAGAGGCAAAUGCAGCACACAGAGAUGACGUUGUGUUUGACAGUGGUUCUACUGAUGUCAUGGACCUUGGGUGGAGCCCAGAAGAACAUCACCUGGGAGGUGCAGCGCUAUGAUGGUUGGUACAACAACUUGCAGCACCGCAGCCGCGGCUCAGUGGGUUCCCGGUUGCUGCGUCUCCUGCCGGCCAACUAUGCAGAUGGCGUCUACCAGGCCCUGCAGGAGCCCCAUGUACCCAAUGCUCGCCAGCUCAGCAAUGCGGUGGCACGGGGACCUUCUGGGCUGCCCUCCAAGAGGAACACAACUGUGCUGGCUGUCUUCUUUGGUUUCCACGUGCUUUCAGACAUCCUGGGGACAGAGAAACCUGGCUGUCCUGCUGAGUUCCUGAACAUCCACAUCCCAGAGGGGGACCCUGUGUUUGACCCCGCAGGCACUGGAGAUAUUGUCCUGCCCUUCCAGCGUAUCCGCUGGGCACUGGAGACGGGGCAGAGCCCCAAUAGCCCCCGAGAACAGACCAACGAGGUGACAGGCUGGCUGGAUGGCAGCUCCAUCUAUGGCCCUUCACAUUCCUGGAGUGAUGCCCUGCGGAACUUCUCAAAUGGACAGCUGGCAUCAGGACCCGGAGGGCAUGUCCCCAGGGAGACAGAUGGGAAGGUCCCCAUGUGGAAAGCUCUGGAUCCAUCCACCGGACAGGGCGGCCUUCGUGGGAUCUAUGACCUGGGGAAUGCCUGGGGGAACGAGAACCGCUUCCUGCAGGCUAUGAGCAUCGCUUGGUUUCGAUACCACAACUACCUGGCUGCAGAGCUGGCCAAGGAUCACCCUAGCUGGUCUGAUGAGGAUAUCUUCCAGCAUGCUCGCAAGAGGGUCAUUGCCACCUUCCAGAGCAUUGUGCUGUAUGAGUGGCUGCCGGCACUGCUGGGGACGCCUGUUCAAAAGUACACAGGUUACCAGCAGCACAUGGACCCCAGCAUCUCACCAGAGUUUGUGGCAGCUGCAAGGAUUUUCCUUGCCACCAUGGUGCCACCAGGUGUCUACAAGAGGGACCCCAGAUGCCAUGUACGAAAUGUGUCCAGCUCUGGUGGUCCAUUCCCAGCGAUGCGGCUCUGCAACAGCUACUGGAGCAGAGAGAGCAUUGAGAUGCAGCAGGAAGAUGUGGAUGACCUCCUGCUGGGGAUGAGCUCACAGAUUGCGGAACGGGAGGACAGCAUUGUGGUGGAAGAUCUCCAAGAUUACUGGUAUGGACCUCUGAAGUACUCCCGUGCUGACUACGUGGCCAGCUGGCUGCAGCGUGGGCGGGACCUCGGCCUGCCUACCUACAACCAGGCCCGGGAACGGUUUGGGUUGGAGCCUCUGCAGGACUGGACGAACCUUGCCCCACACUCUCAGCAAAAGGUCCUGGAAGUCGCUGCCCUGUACGCUAACAACACAGCCCGGCUGGAGCUGCUCCCUGGAGGCAUGCUGGAAGGUGACAGUCCCCUCUUCAGCGCUAUCAUCCUGGACCAGUUUGUGCGCCUCCGUGAUGGUGACAGGUUCUGGUUUGAGAACACCAAAAAUGGGCUGUUCACAGCGAAGGAGGCUGAGGAGAUCCGUAACACCACAUUCCGUGACAUCCUGGCUGCAGUCACCUACUCACAGCCCGCAGAGCUGCAGAGCAAUGUGUUUGUCUGGAGCAAGGGAGACCCGUGUCCCCAGCCCCAGCAGCUGACAGCUCAACUCCUGGCCAACUGCACACCCAUGACUGUGCUGGAUUACUUCGAAGGCAGUGGUGCAGGCUUUGGCAUCAUCAUCAUUGUCCUCUGCUGCUUGCCUUUAGUGAGUCUCUUUGUUGCUUGGAUCAUUGCCAUUCACCGUGAGAGAGACUUCAAGAAGCUGCAGAAGAAGAAGAAGGCCAGCGUGCGGAGGGAGGUGACCGGCGAGGCGAUACAUGCCAUGGAGUGGCAUGGUCCCAAAACAGACAGCUCCCUUGUCUACAUCCAGUUCCAAGCUGACAAAGUGCUCAAAGUGCUGGAUGGGAGAGGGUUGAUGCUCCGGAGUGUCAGCUUGAACGCCCAGCAAAGCGUGGAAGUGAUCCUCUCCAGCAACAAAGGGAACAAAGCUCUGCUGCUGAAGAGCCCCAAGGAGUAUGACCUGGUGUUGUUUUUCAGUGAGGAGGCAGAGAGGAGCAGCUUCUUUAGAAAGCUCCAAGAUUACUUGAAAACCAGCUGCCUUGAGCUGCAUGUGUCUGAGAUGAAGGAGCAAAGCCUGCUGAAACGAGCAGUCACCCAGGAACAGAGGAAACAAAUUCUGGAGACUUUCUUUAGGCACCUGUUUGCUCGGAUGCUGGACAUCGACAAGACUGAUGCUGGAGAGCUCAACUUUGAGUCUUCACAGAAAGCAAGGGAGUCCCUGACAUGUGAGCUCAGCAGGGCUGAGUUUGCUGAGGCCCUCGGGCUCAAAGUCAACUCCAUGUUUGUGGACUCCAUGUUCUCCCUGGCUGACAAGGAUGGCAACGGCUACAUCUCCUUCAGGGAGUUCCUGGACAUCUUGGUGGUCUUCAUGAAAGGGUCCUCAGAGGAAAAGUCCAAGUUGAUGUUCAGGAUGUAUGACAUUGAUGAGAAUGGGUUCCUCUCCAAGGAGGAGUUUUUGAGGAUGCUCAGGUCCUUCAUUGAGAUCUCGAACAACUGCUUGUCAAGAGAGCAGGCAGAGCAGGUGACAGAGUCCAUGUUCCAGGCCUCGGGGUUUCAGGACAGGAAUGAGCUGACAUGGGAGGAUUUCCACUACAUGCUGCGGGACCACGACAACGAGCUUCGUCUCGCUCAGCUCUGCAUUAAGGGCGUCCCUGAGGUGUUCAAGCAAAACGUACACAACCGUGUCUCCUUCAUCAAGAAAGAGCCCAGAGGAACCAUCUCAGACAGGGAGGACCCAAACCUGGACACGGUGGCCCACUGCAUGGAUCAAGAAGGGCAAGAGCUGAGGAAGAGACCAGGCAGAAAGGCAAAUCAGUACCAGCUGCAUCUAUACACCGAAGCGCAACGGAAGAAGUACCAGCAGAACAAAGUUAAGCAGAAGAUCCAGGAGUUCAAGCGUUUCAUUGAGAAUUACCGGCGUCACAUCGUCUGUGUGGUCCUAUUCUCUGCUAUCACCGCCGGCUUGUUUGUGGAGAGAGCGUAUUACUAUGCCUUCGCAUCCCCCAGCACUGGAAUUGCACAGACCACCUUUGUGGGGAUCAUCAUCUCACGGGGAUCAGCUGCCUGCAUCUCCUUCAUGUACUCCUACAUCCUGCUCACCAUGUGCCGCAACCUCAUCACAGUCCUGCGGGAGACGUUCCUCAAUCGCUACAUCCCCUUUGAUGCCGCUGUGGAUUUCCACCGCUGGAUUGCCAUGGCAGCCCUGAUUUUCUCAGUGCUCCACACUGCAGGUCAUUUAGUGAACGUCUACAUCUUCUCAGUCACACCUCUCAGUGUGUUGUCCUGCCUCUUUUCCAGUGUCUUUAUGAAUGAUGGGUCACAGCUCCCUCAGAAGUAUUACUGGUGGUUCUUUCAGACCAUUCCAGGCAUGACAGGAGUGCUGCUGCUCAUCAUUCUGGCCGUGAUGUACGUCUUCGCCACCCACCAUUUCCGCCGUGUCAGCUUCCAGGCCUUCUGGAUCACCCACCAUCUCUAUGUGCUGCUCUAUGUGCUGGUUAUCAUCCAUGGCAGCUACGCUCUGAUCCAGCAGCCCCGUUUCCACAUCUAUUUCAUCAUCCCAGCUCUCAUCUAUGGCGCAGACAAGCUGCUCAGCCUGAGCAGGAAGAAGGUGGAGAUCAGUGUGGUGAAAGCCGAGCUCCUGCCAUCAGGUGUCACUCACCUCCGGUUCCAGCGGCCACAGGACUUCGACUACAAGUCUGGGCAGUGGGUGCGCAUUGCCUGCAUGGCCCUGGGCACCACUGAGUACCACCCCUUCACACUGACCUCGGCCCCACAUGAGGACACGCUGAGCCUGCACAUCCGUGCUGUGGGGCCCUGGACCACCCGCCUGCGGGAGCUCUACUCCCCUGAGAGCCUGGCCCUCAUUGGCAAGCUGCCCAAGCUCUAUCUGGAUGGACCCUUCGGGGAGGGCCACCAGGAGUGGCACAAGUUUGAGGUGUCGGUGCUGGUGGGAGGAGGCAUUGGGGUGACGCCUUUUGCAUCCAUCCUCAAAGACCUGGUCUUCAAGUCGUCCAUCAACUCCAAGCUAAUGUGUAAGAAGAUCUAUUUCAUCUGGGUGACGCGCACGCAGCGGCAGUUCGAGUGGCUGGCAGACAUCAUCCGUGAAGUGGAGGAGACAGACAGGAAUGAGCUGGUGUCCGUGCACAUCUACAUCACACAGCUGGCUGAGAAGUUUGACCUGCGCACCACCAUGCUGUACAUCUGUGAGCGGCACUUCCAGAAGGUGCUGAACAAGAGCCUGUUCACGGGGCUGCGCUCCAUCACGCAUUUUGGCCGCCCCCCAUUCAUACCCUUCUUUGAUUCGCUGCAGGAGGUGCACCCUGAGGUGCACAAGAUCGGGGUGUUCAGCUGUGGCCCGCCUGGGAUGACGAAGAGUGUGGAAAAGGCUUGUCAGCAACUGAACAAGAAGGACCAGGCCUACUUUGCACAUCACUAUGAGAAUUUCUGACCCUGCUCCCCUGCCGUUUUACUCCUGUGUGCUGCUGUCUUUGUGUGGAAGGUAUAUUCAACCCUAGCAUCCAUGCAAGCCUGGCCUUGGGUGGUCACAGUCCCAUGCUCCUACCCACUGCCAUUCCUAGAAGACCAAGAACACCUGUGACUGUGAGCCCAGCACACUCAGAGCACCGCCUCCCCAGUAUGCCCUGUGUGUCCCAGUGCAGGAAACACAGUGGUGGAUUCAAACCCGGCUCUGCCACCUUAAUCCUGCACCUCAGAGGUUGAUUCUGAACAGCUUUUGGAAUGUGGCAGAACCCAAAUUUGCAGCACUUUGCCUACAGACCCAGGUACCAGGUUACAUGGAGGCAGCAAGCUCUCUUCUGCAAAUGGGCUCAGCUUCUCUAAUGCACUCAUUUGUGCCUCAUUAGUAAACUGAGCCUCACCUAGGUCUCCACAGGGCCUGUGGUUGCACUGGCUUCUUUCAGCAGCAUCAGUAUACUCCAAUCAAGGCUUAUUUAUGCCUGUUUAACUAAUGCCUGGCUAUGCAUCGCUGGGCUGCUGCUCUCCUGGCCUAUGAAUGAGCAAUAGGAUUUUAUCUUUGCUUAAAUAAAGCUGACUGAAGUUUGAAAUCA